GAAGUUAUACGAACGCGAGCUCAGCUCGGUGAGCGACGUGAACAUAGACGCGCUCAGUGCGGACAGUGUGACGGGUGAGCGUGGAUACGGCCAGGGUCCGAUUUUGCCGUUUUUUGCUCGGCCUGUCAAGCCGCGGCGUUCUACUCUCUCACAGCUGUGAAAGCGGUGUUUCGUGAGUGACGCUUUUAGCACGAUCGCGCCCCUCGCGCGUAUCUCUCCGUGGUUCCUCCGUAUUCGCCUAUCUCUCUCUCUCUCGCGCUCUCUCGCUCUCUCUCUCUCUCUCUCUCUCUCGCGCGCGCUCUCUCUCUCUCUCUCUCUCUCUCUCCGAGCACGCGCCCGCCUGUCUUUCUCGCGCGUUGCUCCGCGCUCGAUCUGUCAGUCCUCCCUUCUUGCUCCUCCCUCCCAUUGUCUCCCUCUUUUCCGAUCCUUCUUGUUCCCUCCUGUUCGCCUGUGACGCGCGCGAUCCGCGUGUCGGUCGCUCGCUCGCUCGGUCUCUUUUUCUCUUUCUCGUUUCGCGUCGCGGUGCGCGCUCGAUAACCGUUCAUUCGAGAAGAUAACGCCGACAACACCGACGACGACGGUGACGUCUGUCGCGACACUGACGUUUUUGCCUUCGAUCCACCGCGUCGCGUGUGCACCACCAGUUGCGUGUUGCGUAACCGCAUUUUACGACAGCCCAUCUCUCUCUCUCUCUCUCUGUCUUGUGGGUGCAUCGGCCCAAUCGUCCUCCCCUCUCCGCCAGCUGCAGCGACGAGUUUGGCGCUACAACCCUCGGAAUUUGACGUUUGGAGCACACGACUUCACUCUGGGUGUAGCCGCGCGGCGGUCUACGUGGCUAACGGCAGCGGACGUCGCGGUCCGGCAGGCGGAAGUGGCCCGAUGACGAUGGAAGCGGGAACGUGCCGAUUCGCCUGAGGGGACAGUAUCCGCAGAGACGCAAGGAUGGUGCUGGUGGUGAACGGGGUCCUGCAGGAGGAGGUCCCGGCGGACAGCAGGUCUCUGUACGCGGUCCACCCGGUAUAUCGCGAGUCCGCGGCCCAGCUGCACUCGAUGCCGGCGAAACUCGUGGGCCCGGCCGGCCUCCUCUACGUCCAGCAACGAGAGAUGGCCGCGACUCUGCCGCACGACAAGAACGUGAGCAUCCUCGGUUCGGACGACAUGACCACGUGUAUAAUCGUCGUCGUCAGGCAUUCCGGUUCGGGCGCCAUGGCGUUGGCGCAUCUCGACGGCUCCGGGACGGAGGACGCCGCGGCGGUAAUGGUCCAGAGGGUGACGGAACUCGCCCUUGGUUAUCCCGAAGGUCGUCUGGAGCUGCAGUUGGUCGGCGGUUACUCCGACCCAAGAAACUACUCCGAGGAACUGUUCUACAACAUACUCUCCGCUUUUCACAAGCAACCGGUGGAGAUCGAUCUGACGCUCUGCUGCGUGGGCGAGCUCAACACCACCGUGAGAAGUGGGAUCCACUGGCCGGUGAUCUACGGUAUCGGGCUGAACGUGAAGACGGGCGAGAUCUUUCCCGCGACUUUCCCCGACAAAGGCCCGGAACAGGCGCUGAGGUGCGCCAGACAAUUGACCGGAGGUCAGCAGGUUCUCGAUAUAUACGACUGCACUCUGGGAUUACUUAGAAUCGGGCCCUUCAAUUACGAUCCCUUGCGAGGCGUGGAUCUCUGGUUGGCGCAGUCCGAUCAAUUCAUCCUGCAGCACCUGUCAACGUCGCCGGAGGUGGAACUACCACAUUUCGUACAACAGGUGCGGACGACGCUCAAGUACAUCCAGGACAAUCAAUUCCCGGCCGUCACCGUCUUCCGAGAUAAUAGACCUCAUUACUAUCGCCGCGACGAAGCCGGUAUCUGGCAGCCGAUACGAUACUAAGCAUAAUACCCAACGAAUUCGGUUGGGACCUGCUGCGCGAAGAGCUCGUUCGCGGGAUCUUUCGUACGACACAGAAAAAACACGUGUAACAUGAAACUGCGAAUCGACGGAAUUGCACGAAGCAAGGCGAUCGGGCCGCACGGCUGAAGUCCAAAACAACUGCUCGAAUCUGGAGACCUCGACUGCGCCCCUCAAAAGUAGCGGUGUCGUUGCUCAAGAGCCGCUCAAGCGACGAGGAGAUGCGCUACGAAGAUGCCGCAUCUCAAGAUGAUCGUCCGGCUUGACGAUGGGCGAACGAAUUGCGGAAGUCGGCGUGUAAUUGCAGCCUUCGUCGGUUGGCAAUUAUCUGUGAUCGACGAGGAAAGGACGUCCGAUCGGGGGAGAAGCCGUGGGAUCGGGUACCGAUCGAAGCGGUCAUAAUCAGCGCGCCAGACGGCGACGUCUCGAAGUCUGCUCGCACUGAGAGGCGGCGUCUCGUGAAUCGUCUUGCUAUUGUAAUCAGGACGGAGGUUAGCGUCUGAAUACGAUUCUCGGUAUUUUCCCAUUUUUCAUGUCUCCGCGAAUUAGUGCGAGCUAUGGCAGGGGGCGUAAGAAAUUUCGAGAAGCGGCUUCUUGAACCAUUUCCGCCCGUGCUACGGUCGCAAGAAAUGUUUGGAUUUGGAUUUGGAUUUUCGCACAUCCAAACACCCAGAUAAUCGGUUUGCCGAAUUAUCCGAUAUUCCAGUCCGAAUCGUCCGAAUCUUAAUAUCCUAACUAUCGCAAAAGAAUUAGAGACGGAAUUGCGAGGGAGAGAUAAUGUGGAUUUUUUUUUAAACCCUAUCAAGUCAUUCGUGGAAUUUCUUUCUGGGCUCUUUCAUUAUCAGAUCUUUUCUUUUUAUUCGCACCUUUAACUCGGGCAACUUUAAACCCGAUCGAUUCGAAAUCCAUUAUCCUAGAAAUCCUAGAAACAAUUCUUCCUAGCCGUUCGGAUGUUAAAUUAUUCGGAUGAUUUCAGCCUUGGCUUAUGUGUUCAAACGAGUUUUUAUGAUUCGGAAGGAAUAUGCGGAUUCUUGAGCGCACACCUUAGGAAAGAAAAGAAAGAAAUGCGCGGACACACAAGCGCACCUGUUGAGACAAGGACAGUCUUGGUUUCUAAGAAAAUAUAUAUUUUUAAAUAAAGCACGCGUAUAUAAACUUCUUAAAUAUAUAUUAAAAAAAAAAAAGAAAGUACUCAUUCGCAAGAAGAGGCAGCGCACAACGAUUCCGUUGUAAGCGGGCCUGUGUGCGCUGAAUGCGUCGGCGUUGUUGAAUUUCUGAUUUUUUGAUAGAUGCUUAUAUGAUAUUACACAUACGUGGAUACGAUGAUCGAAUUCUACGUUGUUAUAUCUGUUGUUGUAGUCGUACGUAGAUCGUUACUCCAUCGUUAAAACGUUCUCUCCGUUUCUAAUUGAUGUCUCUUCCCCCAACCCGCCAUCUCCCCUGCCCCCGUCGCGGUCGUCGAUAGCGAGAUGAAAAGCAGCGAUACGUUUUCUCGUCGCGCGAGUUAGCGCUAGAUGCGACUGCCCGAUACUCACUUUAUGUACACAUCAAGAGCGAAACUUUCCUAUUAGAUAACUAACUCGACAGCGGUGAGUCAUAUUUGGGGCUAACGUGCGAGUGGAGCGUGUCUGCUGAUAGCGCUUAUACGUGCGCGCGUGCGCACACACACGCACACACACACACACACGCACAUAUAUAUACGUAAAAAUAUACACAGAUAAAAAAAGACAUACAAACACACAUACAUAGACACACACGUGAAACCACGAGACACUUAUCCUUUUUCUUCGUCUUACUUUUCUCUUUGUUUUGUUCUUCCAGUCGGAUUACGAAAGUUCGCGAAGCAACGAAUAAUUCCGCACUUGCCAUAAUAGGGAGAAGAAAGUUAGGCGAAGUAGAGAACGAUGUACAUAAUUUUUUCAGGGUUGUGCCCGAGUCUUUCGGGUGAGGGAAAGUUCCUCUGCCUCGUCGCGGUUAGUUUAGCGAGGGCAUGCGAAUCCUUCCGAAAGUUCCCCGCGAAACAUGGAGCAUCCGGCGAUCGUUCAGAGCUGAAAAUGGUCUCGCGAAAAUUUCUACGUGAAUCAUACGCUCGCACGCGCGUUACAACAGAGUCGCGGUCUUAAGGAUCACUUUUUGAAUUCCUCCCGGAACGGUCGCACGCUAAUUGUAGUUUACGAAAUUGGAGCAAAGGUCCAGUAAAGAACGGCUCUUGUGUGUCGCACUCUUUGUUGAACGACGCGGAGCUUUUUUCUCUUUUUCAUGAAAUCGCAAAUAGGCGAGAUUGAUCCGUAGAGAUGGCGAAAGAUUCUACACGAAUCACUCUGUCCUGUUUGAUCAAGCAAAGGCAAGCGCGUACGAUAACGAAGAAACGGACUAGUGCAAUAAGGACGGUGCAAUUUCACCGAUGCGAGACUCGGACGAUGCGAACGCCCGACGCGAUUUCUCGCUGUUGUCGAAACGGGCGCUCGCGAAGACGAAGAAUCAAAAUGACGAGGCCUUCCCUUACCUGUGGAUUCCAUCGGUUAAGCGGGAGGAUAAUCCGCUUUCCGGACUACUCUCGAGAGCACGGCGAAUUUUGCCUCACUAGCCACUACUUGGUAAAGACAUCCAUCACACACCGCACGAUACCGCCGAGUGCAGUUUUCAUUGAGAGAAUAAGGAGAAAACAAAGACUUUACGUACUCGAUAAAUUCAGCGAGGAAUUAUCGUCGAUGAGUUUCAUUGACUCACUCUCUCCUCCCCCCUCCGGUUUUCUUCGUGGCACACGUAUGAUAGAUCUGUCGUCUACGCACGGUUAGCGAAGCGAGAUUCGUUCUCGCAGCGGCGUUCUCGAAGUCUUGGAAGUAAUAAAGACGUGGAGGAAAAGCGCGUUCUCACAAUUUUCCAUUGUUCUAGUGAUAGAUAAGCUAACUGAGGUUGAUAAUAAGAAUAACAGUAAUAGUAAUAAUAAUAGUAAUGAUAAUAAUAAUAAUAAUAAUAGUAACAACGAUGACGACAAUGAUACUGCUGAUGAUAAGCGACAACGAGGAUGAUGAUGAUGAUGAUGAUGAUGAUGAUGAUGAUGAUGAUGAUGAUGAUGAUGACGACGACGAUAAUGAUUACGACGACGAUGACAAUGAUGAUGAUGAUGAUGAUGAUGAUGAUGAUGAUGACGACGAUGAUGAUGAUAACAAUAUUUCCUAGAAAUCGAAGAGAUAUAUUUUUACUAUAUUAUGUAAAGAGCGAAUGCACUCGUGAUGAUGAAGCUCUCAGGAUCGAACCCACGACACUUUUCCUUCCCAGUCGAUCUGCGCGAGCAGAAGUAUAGCGGGUGGUUUGCCACUUACUCUGUCGCUUCUGCCAGGAAAAUAUACGGCUUUUUUCGCUUGCGUCAUGGAAACUUUCCGGUGCCCAGCAACACGGUUAUAUUAUUUCGUUUUUCUCUCUUAAGUCUCCGCCCCCUCCUCCCCUCCCCCCUCCCCGCGCUAUCGCGCUCACGUUCCAUUUUUGCCAUUCUAUCCUCUCCUUCACAUCUUCCCCUUCCUGCCCGAUGCUUUUCUCCCGGAUCCUUACGACUUGUCUUCCUUCGUUCGAUCUCUAUCGUAUUCUUUCUCGCGUUACGCAGACGCAGUCUUACUACAUAAUAUUAUUUGGUGAUAUAUUUAUACAAUAAACGAUGAUAGAGCCUAAAGCGA